AUGAAGUCCUCUUUGCUGCUUCUGUGUCACUUCUGGAUGUUCAGCCUCAUGUCUCUCUUGUGGGCAUCAGACUCGGCACAAGGCAACUCCAACCUAACUUGUUGGUAUGACUCACGGGCGGCUCUCUUCUGUGACUGGAACCCAGGCAGGGAUCUGGCUGAAGGACCAUGCCAGCUGGAGAUUUUAUCAAAGUUUGAUUUAUGUGACAGGGCACUUCACCUACCUGAAAAGGCCAAAGACAGCUGUGAAUUAUCUAAGGCAGAUCAAACAUCAGGACUGAGGAGAUGCACCAAGAUCUUCAGCAAAAACAAUAAUACUCAAUGCUUCACCACUGCAGACCUUCUUACCCUGUCUGUCCAUUGUCAGGUUGGAGAAAAUAGGUCCAUACCUGUGCGAAUAAAAGAUUUCAGACCACUUGCAAAUAUAAAGCUGAGGCCUCCAGGAAAUCUUCAGCUGGUUACCAACACUGAAAGCAGCUACAACUUAACGUGGAACCUGAAUGUUUCCUCUCACUAUCUGAAUGGGUUGCGGGAAUACCAAGUGCGGUACCGAAACAUGAGUCGGCCUCAGGAGAAUGCCAUGAUCUUACCCAUUCGGCAUGACCAGAUGUGGAUGGUGUUUGAGAACCUCUCACCUGACUUGAAACAUGAGGCAGCUGUCCGUGCAAGGCCAAGGCCAAGUGCCUUAAGUACCUGCAAAGGCGUGUGGAGCGACUGGAGCGAGACAAUACGUUGGAAGACGCAUGCUGACCAAAAAUCCCGGACGGUCCUGCCAGUUCUUAUAAUGAGCAGUUGCAUCUUGGUGAUCAUUGGGACUGCCUUCCUUAUUAAUUUGCGGACCCUGAAAUGGUUUAAGAUCCUGAAGAUCCACAUCCCAGACCCCAAGAAGUUCUUUCCCCCACUCGUUUCGGCUCACGGAGGUGACAUUCAGAAAUGGCUCUCCUCCCCAUUCUCCACAUCUUCCUACUGUGUGAACAGCACAGCCCUGGAGAUCUCCAUGCUUGAGGUGAUGCAGAAGAAUGACCAGGAAUCCCAGUUCCUACUUUCCAAGGGAACCCUCACUCCUGAUCCUCUCUUAGAAACCAGUGGGCACUCUGCAUCCAGCUGCUUCACCAACCAAGGCUACUUCUUCUUUCAUACUUCCGACUCAUUUGAGAUCGAGCCCUGUCAGGUCUACUUCACCUAUGAGCCUUUCACCCAGGAGGGCAACAGCAACGAGGAUGGCGAGUCUUACCAAGCUCUAACCUCCUCAGACCUCUGCACACUGGCAGAGGACAUGCCCAUAUUGUCCCACAACUUCCUUCACUGUGUCAAGCUGACCCAGGGCUUCCAAAACAGCUCCUUCAUGGAAGAAACAGAACGUAAAGUCCGUCAGGCCAUGGUUAUUUCUAAGGCUCUCAAAUCAAGUGAACACACAUCGUCAACACCAGUUCUGAAACAGGAUGAGAAGGUGAUGGACAAAACAGAUUUAGAACCUGCUGAAGCCCUGUGCCAGCUGGACACUGACUUUUCUGCCCCACUGGACUUGCAUGACAAAGAUACUAUCGAAGUAACAGAGGGGACUGGGCAGGCAGCUCCCCCAGUUGACCCCUGUACACCAGCAGCACACAUUACAUCUUCUUUCUCUCAGUCUUCAUCUCUAAGGCAAAGCCAGGAUGAGGAUCCAUGCACAACUGCCUUCUCCAGCCAGGUCCUAAACACUGGUGCCUACCUUUCUCUGAAGGACCUCCAAAGCCAGUACAGCCAUUGCUCUGUUUAA